AUGAUGGGUCCUCAAUCAGCCCAAUUACCCCGAUUCUGCGUUUAUCUUGGCUACCUUUCCGACAAUAGAUGUCACGGUAAUAGCAAACACUGGGAUAUCCUUAAAUGGUUGAAAGUUUCAUAUAAUUUACCCAUCGCAGCUAUAACUGUUGGGCAGACGGAAUUGGUGAACUUGAAGACAGAGAGAUAUCGCCAUGUCUCAAAUGAAUGUAAUCCUUUGUCAGGCAUUGGCAAUUUGGAUAACGCAACUGGUGUCAAUUCUGUUAGAGAGCCUAGUCAGCAUCAAAAUUGUAUCUCUUCUAGGUGUGCUGCAGUUGUGAAAACUAUUUUAACUACACUUGGUUGGUGA